UUGACGGACAGUAUAUAUCCACAGUGUAGCGUGUAAAUUGGGAUUUUCAGCGGAAUGAAGAUUUAAAGUUUGGAGGAAUGAGUGUAAUCGGGAGAACAACGAGGAGCGGCACUGAACGGCACCUGGAUUCGUGUUAGGAGUUUUGGAAAGGGUUAGGAGGGUGAGGGCUGAUGAGGGAUUUAGUGCAUUGCUGGGUCAAACAAACUACCCCCCACCAUUGAAGGGAAAAGUUGUAAAAGGAAAAGUGCAGCGACUGGGAAGAAGAAGAAAAACAGAUAAGACAAAGCGGCGAGGAAACGAUGAACAUAGAAAAGUGACUUCCUAAAGUGUAAAAGUGAGGUUUACUUUUGAACUAAAGCUGAAACAGGAGAAAGCAGCACAAUGUCACGUUCAGAUGAGGUCAACAAGAUGACAGAAAAUGUCUAUAAGGGCAUUCUGGACCAGUUUAACCCCAGUCUGAAGAUCUUUGUCACUAUGGGUAAACACUAUGAAAAAGCUUUGACAGGGGUGACAGUAGCAGCUAAGGGAUACUUUGAUGCACUGGUCAAACUAGGAGAGCUGGCCAGUGACAGCCAGGGCUCAAAGGAGCUGGGUGACACGUUAUUCCAGAUGGCGGAGGUUCAUCGGCAGAUCCAGGUCCAACUCGAGGAUGUGCUGAAGCUUUUCCAUUCAGAGCUGCUGUCUCAACUGGAGCAGAAGCUGGAGUUGGACAUCAAAUAUCUCACAGCAACGCUAAAGAAAUACCAGAGUGAGAGGAAGUCAAAGGUGGAGUCGAUUGAGCGCUGCCAAUCACAACUUAAGAAGCUGCGAAGGAAGAGUCAAGCUAGUCGCCACCCCAACAAAUACGGAGACCGAGAGAUGCAGUAUGUGGAGCUGAUAAGUCGUCGGCAGGGGGAGUUGGAUACACUGGUUGCCAUUGGUUAUCGCUCUGCUCUGACAGAAGAGAGGAGGAGGUAUUGCUUCCUGGUGGACCGUCAGUGUUCAGUCACCAAGAUCCUCAUCAACCACAACUGCAAGGUAAGAGAGCUCUUGUCACAGAAGCUAUCUUCAUGGCAACAGUCAUGCUCCCAGCCUACCAAACUACCAGACCGAGCCCUGAACCUGUUGCGUCACACUGCCCCCCAGAGCUCUGGAGGAGCAGGACUCGCAGAGGUGCUGCGCAACGCUAAAUUGGGAAUCUCGCAAACUGGAGAACAAAGGCUGUCUGUACAGGAAGUCCCGCCUUUGUUAAAUGGUGACAGUAACAGCCGGUCUCAGCAGCAACAGCGGUCAACCCAGUCUGAAAACCUCUCCCAGUCUCUGUCGGGCCUUUCACCCAGCACCACUCCUCACCAGAACUCCACCAGUAAUGGCCACACCCACUCCAGUAGCCCCACCCACUCCCAGCACUCUUCACUCCAGUCAACAGCAAGCGUGCCUGGUCUACAGUCUCCACCCUCUGUCAGCCACACCUCCCCAUCUUCCCUCAGUUCUCUGCAGGGUCUCACCCCGCCUGUAACUGCCCCUCAUAGCCCUCCAUUACCCCACAGUGCCCCUCUGUCCCGGGCCCUCACACCUGCGCCUUCCACAACCCUCCUCGGAGUGGCCAACUCAGCCCCCGCUUUUAACAUGCUGAAAGGAGCAGAGCUGUACGCUACCUCCACGCUACCAUUGCCAAGGAGACAGCCCAGCGAGAUCAGGACAGGGUUCAUGGGUUCCACUCUUCCUCGUGUGCUCCCUCUCUGUCCUCCGUCUCAUGUAGAGGCUCUGUUCCCUCACUCUCCUGACUCCUCACAGGGAGAGAAAGGAGGAGAUAGAGGAGGAGGCUCGUGUCUGCUGUCCUUCCUGCCGGGAGACACUCUGACUUUGCUGAUCAGUGAACCCAGAGAUGGCUGGCACUACGGCCAGAAUGAGCGCACCGGACGAAAAGGCUGGUUUCCCUUCUCCUACACACAGCCUUACCCAAAUACACUCGGACAACAAGAUGUCAGUCCUCCUCCCCUGUCUAAGGUGAACAGCACGAGCACAGGGCAGUUGGAUAGGCUACCCCCUGCUGGUCAGAUGCAGCAGGCCAGUCCUGACUCAGAGGACGAGAGGAGUGUCGUAUCCCAGCGUGUCAGCACCUUCAGGCCACGCCCUUACAGCAUGCUGAACCCUGAAACCAGCAAGAUGAGCCCACGGCUUAUAGGACAGCGCCUGAGGGACAGGAUGUCCACUGAUUUCACCUCUCCACCUCCAUCCCCGACCAGGAUCAAUCCAUUUGCCCAUAUUCGGCUCAAGAAGACGGUGACCAAUGAUCGCUCUGCCCCAGUUAUACAGUAGAACCUUCAGUUAUAGACGACCAGAGUGAUACUGUCUGUAACAGAGCCACUAAUGGCUCUGUAUUAUUGAAUAAGGUAUUUAACCUUUGAGAUGCAGGUUUUUGAUACUAGACUUUUCAGUCUUAUUUUUGCCAAUUUAAAUUCUGACAAUAACCAAUGUCAGAGAAUUAAACUAACAUUAAUUAAAAUCAGCUAUGGCGAAUCAAUAUGAUCAGAAUUAGGGGGGUUGUUUGUAUUUUCGAAAAGCACACAUGGGGUUUUGCAGUUCUUUAGUUAAAAUCAAUAUUUGACAGAAAAAAAGGAAAGGAAAAAAGUUCACCCAAAAAUAAAAAUGUCUCUUAUUUUCUCAUGUCAUUCCAAACCCAUGUGUUUUUAUUGUUUCUGUAGAGCAAAAAAAAAAAAAUCUUAAGAAUCUUUCUGAUUCAAAGACCCCGUUGUACCCACCUGGUAUUAAGAUGUGGUCAGCCCUAUAAAUACAGGUCUAAACGGGUUCUGAAAAGUUUUGUGAUCGGAUCACAGAAACCACAUACGAAUGUGGUCAAAAACGUAUGUGUCCAUGCGUCUUUACAAGUAAAUAACCGUCCGAUCGUAAAAUGUUAAAAAGCAGAUACACACUCAAUCACGAGAGCUUCUUCACGAGAGGUCUUCUUUAGUGUGUCUGAUAUCAACACAGAUGUGGAGAACCUGAAGCUCCUUUAAUACAGGUAAUCCACUAAAAUAACGGAAAAUUCUGUUUGACAUGUUGCGUUUGUGCUUAGAUUAAAUUUCAACCGCAUCAGGGAGAAAAAGCGCGCCAUAUUUUUUUCUGACUUUGUUGCGCUUUAAUAUCCUGCAGUAACACUCUGACAUAGUGACUGAUGUAUGAUAUCAUGAAACAGAGACCCUCCCCUCCAAAUCUGAACACAAGUGGUCACAGAAGACACAUUUAAGUGACCAGGUGUAAACAGUGAUGUGUCUCACCUGACCACAUGUGAUCGGAUCACCCGAAACACAUCUUAAUACCAGGUGGAAACGGGGCCAAAAAUAGUGUGGCAUCAUGGCAUGUUCCCGCAUAUGUCUGACCGCACGUGAUGCGCAAAGUUUGAAUAUCUGGAACAGAGAAUGAGAUUUGAGAACUACAGAGGAGUUCAAGAUUUUCAAAGAGAAGCUAUUUUCUAAACAAAAUGCAUAAUGUCCCAUGGCAUAGCAUACCGGUUUGGAAUAACAUGAGGAUAAUAACAGAAUUUUCAAUUUUCAAGUGCACAUGCCACAUGAUCAUACUGUCUGUUAUCUCAAGAUACUUUCCCCAGAAAACCAGAGCUAUUAAAAAAGUUUUAUUGAAUAUUAUUGAAUAAAAGGGAGAAGUAGGUUUACUGCCUGGUGCAGUCAAGGAGAAGUAGGAAACAGCUGAAUGGCUUAAAUGGAAAUGUAAAGUAUAUUUACAGAAGGACUUGGUAAGAGGAAAAAGUUCAGUGUUUUUGAAAGUCUAAAGUGAAGAGGCUCUCAGCUUUGGUCUCUUGUCCCACCUUUUUAAUCAGUCUUGUAUAUUUUGUUAAAUCCUAAAUCUCAAAAACUAAAGCUUGUAGUCUUGAGUUGCAGCAGAUUGUAGGCGAGGGAUGCAUGAUAAGGCUAAGAGUGAAGCUGUGUGUGCAGAGACAAAACCUCUGAAGAUGUGAAAGGUUUUGAAAGUGGAGAAGUGCUGGAGGAAGUGACGGUGGUAAAGUGCUGUAGCUGUAGGUUUGUAAAAUAGACAAAAACUCUCUUCCUUGUUUUUUUUUUGUUUGUUUUUUUUGACAUUUUAGGAAGAGUGGAUUUAGUAAAAAAAGUGUUUAUACCCAGCAAUUUGAAAUUAACAUAAAAAAUGUGAUGAUUCAGUUCAGAUUCAUUUGAUCUUUCAGCUUGUUUAUGUUUAGUCUAUCCUAACUGUCUUGUGCACUGAAUCUGACAAAAUUAUUCUAAUUAUUAAUGAUGAUAAUCUUGUUCAUUCAAACAAUAUUUUUCCACCUCAAGAGGUUUUUAUGGAUCAGUUUAUUUUGUUUCAUUUUUUUCUAUUAUAAUACAAUCUUAAAUUGAGUAAAGCAAAAUAUAUAAAUGUAUAAAUACAUAACUAUCUACAGAGAAUAUGUUGUCUUGAUUAGUUCUUAAGUUGAAUUUCCAAACUGAUGUAAUCUAUGUGAAAUAUACACCGAUCAGCCUCAACAUUAAAACCACCUGCCUAAUAUUGUGUAGGUCCCCCUCGUGCUGCCAAAACAGCGCCAACCCGCAUCUCAGAAUAGCAUU